GGCCUCAUCACUGCACAGAGGGAGGGGUCCUCCAAACAGCCAGUGUCCCUGCACAGAGGGAGGGGAUUCUCUCAGCAGCAGCAUCAAUGCCCAGAGGGAGGAGAUCCUCAUUUCGUCAGGCCUCAUCACUGCACAGAGGGAGGGGAUCCUCCAAACAGCCAUGUCCCUGCACAAGUGAGGGGAUCCUCCAAACAGCCAGUGUCCCUGCACAGAGUGAGGGGACCUCCAAACAGCCAGUGUCCCUGCACAGAGGGAGGGGAUUCUCUCAGCAGCCAGCUCAUGCACAGAGGGAGGAGAUUCCUCAUCGUCAGGCCUCAUCACUGCACGAGGGAGGGAUCCUCCAAACAGCCAGUGUCACUGCGCAGAGGGAGGGAAUCGUCCCAAUGGCCAGCGUCCCUGCGCACAGGGAGGGGAUUGUCCCAAAGGCUAGUGUUCCUGCUGAGGGAAGGAGAUCCUCCGAUCAUCAGGCCUCAUCCCUGCACAAGGGAAAGGGGAUCCUCCAAACAGCCAGUGUCCCUGCACAGAGGGAGGGGAUUCACCAGUCAGCCAUUGUCCCUGCACAGAGGGAGGGGGUUCUCCGAGCAGCUAGCAUCACUGCGCAGAGGGAGGAGAUCCUCAGAGCAUCAGGCCUCAUCCCUGCACAUAGRAAGGGGCUCCUCCGAGCAUCAGGCCUCAUCCCUGCWCAGAGGGAGGGGAUUCUUCCAGCAGCUUCUUCCAUCAGCUACUAUCAGAAUAAUAAGCUCCUCAGAGCAUCACAACUCACCCCUGCACAAAGGAAGUUGAGAUUCCUGAUAGCCAGUGUCACUGCGCAGAGGAAGGGAAUCUUCCCAAAGGCCAGCGUCCCUGCGCACAGGGAGUGGAUCGUCCCAAAGGCUAGUGUCCCUGCAGAGAGGGAGGAGAUCCUCCUCACAGCCAGUGUCCCUGUGAAGAAUGAAAACAAUCAUCCACAACCACCUCCCAUCAUCCCCAUGGUGGCACCACUGUGGAAAUGGGAUGGUGGAGCGUGUCCUCCACCUGUGGAUUUCUAUUCCAAGAGAAGAGAUGUCCGACUUAGAUAUGUUGAGCAUCCUGCUAUGAUGUCCAUCACCAAGCCGGAGCACUCCGAUGCCAACCCUCAGUUCCAGACUGGCAGCCGGCCGGUGGCUGAGCCCGAGACCCCUGCUGUUCACAAUAACAGUGGAGGCUGGCUCAGCUGGGUCUUUGGGAGUGGAAGAGCUAAUAAGAAGGAGGUUUCAUCUACCUGAGGACAAAGACAGAUCUAUUGUCUGGGAUCCAACUCUGCACAGAUGGGUUAACAAAACUGAGCCAAGGCUGAG